AUGUAUCAGGGAGGCGACAACAUCAAGAAAAUGGAAUGGGCUGACGUCAACAUGAUUAUACACAGAGGCGGUACCAUCAUUGGCUCUGCGCGUUGUAUGAAAUUCCGUGAACGCAAGGGGCGUUUACAGGCGGCGGAAAAUCUGCUCAAAUGCAAAAUCACAAACUUGAUCGCCUGUGGAGGUGACGGUAGUUUAACCGGUGCUAAUCUGUUCCGUUUAGAAUGGCCGUCGCUGUUGGAAGAGCUCGUAGCUGAGGGUCGUGUAACACAGGCGCUAGCAGACGAGUGCUCGUAUCUGAACCUGGUGGGUCUGGUAGGAUCCAUUGACAACGAUAUGGUGUACGAGGGUGACCUGACAAUCGGUACAGACACCGCACUCAACAGAAUUGUGGAGUCUAUCGAUGCCGUUACAACCACUGCCGCGUCCCACUUGCGUACAUUCGUCAUGGAGGUUAUGGGACGCUACUGUGGCUACCUGGCUUGGGCGGCCGGUAUCGCCACCGCCGCUGAUUUUGUGUUGAUUCCCGAAUCGCCUCCAGAUGUGGACAACUGGGAGGAAGUCAUGUGCUCCAAAUUAGCGAAGCGUCGUAGUAGGGGCCAGCGCCUGUGUUUGGUGAUUGUCGCAGAGGGAGCCAUUGACAGACACGGAAAGGAAAUCUCAGCCGAGCAUGUCAAGAACGUCAUUGUCGAGCGCUUGCAGCAUGACACUCGUAUCACCAUUUUAGGACAUGUGCAAAGAGGCGGGCAAACCUCGGCAUACGAUCGCCUGAUGGCCACCAUCACCUCCGCUGCAGCCGUUGAGAAGGUGCUUGUGGCUAAGCAAGGAGACCCGGCAACCAUUGUGGGGAUGAAGGGUUCCAAAUGCAUCUUUGCCCCAUUGGUCGAGACUGUCCAAGCGACACAAAAAGUGGCCGAGUUGACCAUCAACCUCAACUUCGCGGGAGCUAUCAAACAGCGUGGAAAGAAUUUCGACCGUGACUACGCAUUCCAUCUGCAGAUCAAUGGAACGGAUGUGCGUCUGGCCGAUGGCGUCAAGGCGGGGGAACACGGUGUUGGACUAGUGCACGUCGGAGCCCCAGCUGCCGGUCUCAAUUCUGCCACACGAGCUACAACACGCUACAUGCUGAAUCAUGGCUGGAAGGUGUUCGGAGUGUCGGAUGGCUUUCAGGGGCUAGCAGAAGGGCGGUUAAAGGAACUGGGAUGGAUCGAAGUGGGAGGAUGGCAUAUGAGCGGAGGCUCGCGUCUGGGUGUAAACCGUAAGUUGCCCAAUGAGGUGGGCAUUGAACAGUGCGUGGCAACCAUCAAGGCCAACAACCUGAAUGCGCUUUUCAUCCACGGAGGUUUCGAGGCCUUCAACGCCGCAGUGCAACUCAAAGAAGCGAGGGAGAAGCACCCGGAGUUGAACAUCCCCAUUCUGGUGAUCCCCUGCACCAUCAGUAACAACGUACCAGGAACGGACUGGUCGCUGGGCUCAGAUACAGCCCUCAAUGCCGUGUGCGAUGCUAUUGACAGGACUAAGGUCUCCGCCUCAUCCUCCAAGCACAGGGUGUUUCUGGUGGAAACACAGGGUGCAAACUGUGGUUUCCUGGCAGGUAUGUCUGCCCUGGCCUCGGGUGCGCACAAAGCGUGGGUGCCGGAGGAGAGCUGUUGUGUAGCGGAUCUUAAGACAGACAUCGAAAUGAUUAGGAACAGAGUCAGCCGAGGGGGACAGUAUUCGGUCAUUGUCAAAAAUGAUAAAUGCAAUGCUUCGUACGAUCUCGACUUCUUUACGUCUCUGUACUCACAAGAGGCGCAGGGCAAAUUCUCUGUACGGGACUGUUCGCUGGGACACUUGUGCCAGGGCAUGUACCCCUCGCCACUCGACCGCGUGAGGUCGGCCCAGUUGGCAGCCUUCGCAGUGGAAACCGUUCUGAAAUCGCUCAACGAGUCCGGAGACAAGCCCGUUGGGGUUGUAGGCCACCGUGACGGCAGCUGUAGGAUGACAUCCAUUGAUGAACUUUUACCAGAGGCUGACUGUGAGAAGCGUGUGUGGAAGAAGCAGUGGUUCCUGAAGUACCUACCACUGGUUGGCCUGCUGUCCGGUUAUGAACUAGGAGUGGACGGCCCAAAAGUCUUGCAUGACAUGUUUGACAUGAACGAGUAGAUGUUACUAGUAGAUGUUAAUAGUAGAUGUUAAAAGUGUGUUAGUGCGUCCAAAUACCUUCUGCGGAAUUGUAUAUGAUUCUUCCGGGGUAUGGUAUGGAUUGAAUUGGUGCAGGUAUCGUUAAGCAUCUGGGAUAGAAUAAAGUUAUGGACCUAUCA